AUGGGCCUUGCAUCCCUCACCGAAUGGCGUGCAUAUCUCACCGCGGCGCUCACCGAGGCUCCAGGGAAAUCACAGAGCCUAAUCUCCAUUCAGGAACACGCUGCCGAAAGAGAAUCCUGUCAUUUCUGCCAGCUCCGCGCCUUUUCCACGCACAAGGACACCCCCGUCUCCGUCGUCAACGCGCUGGACCGGGCCGUCAUCUCGCCCAACUUUCGCUUCAUAGACUGCAUGGUGCUCGGCGAGGGCGUCGAGCCGGCUGAGGAUAGUUUCCGCAGCGGGUGCUCGUGCGAGCGGGACGGCGAUUGUCAGUUCAUGGGCUGCCACUGUCUCGCCGAUCUGGGGGACCUGGAGAGCAGCAGCGCCGAUGAAGACGAGUACCAGGACGACAACUACGGGGCAAACGGGCAUGGCAAGGGGAAGAAGAAGGUGUAUGCCUAUCACUCGCACGGUGCCAAGAAGGGACUUUUGAGGUCUAAGAUGCUGGAUUCCAAAGAGCCGCUGUAUGAGUGCCAUGCUGGCUGCUCGUGCUCCAAAGAUUGCCCCAACAGAGUGGUGGAACGCGGUCGAACGAUUCCGCUGCAAAUCUUUCGUACUCCGGAUAGGGGAUGGGGAGUCCAUGCCCAAGUCGCCAUCAAAAAGGGCCAGUUCGUCGACCGCUACCUCGGCGAAAUCAUCACCUCGGCCGAAGCCGACCGCCGUCGCGCCGCCUCGGCCAUCUCCCAGCGCAAGGACGUCUACCUCUUUGCCCUCGACAAAUUCACCAACCCGGAGUCGCUGGACCCGCGCCUCAAGGGCCCGCCGCUGGAGGUGGACGGCGAGUUCCUGUCCGGGCCGACGCGCUUCAUCAACCACUCUUGCGAUCCCAACCUGCGCAUCUUUGCGCGCGUGGGCGACCAUGCGGACAAGCACAUUCACGACCUGGCGCUGUUUGCCAUCCGGGAGAUUGCGGCCGGCGAGGAGCUGACGUUUGAUUAUGUGGACGGUGUGACGGAGGAUGGGGCCGAGAUGGAGAGGGGGAAUGGAGCGCAUAUGACCAAGUGCCGUGACUACAUUGCUCUUUUCCUGAUAGACUGUGUCUUUUUUGUGCAAAUGGACACAUCGCCGCAAAGCAGUUCUCACUUCUCUAGCUCUCCUCCCAGUCCCGUCGCUCUUACACUUCGACGCCACCGAAGAGACGAGAAGAGACGUCUACAGGAGCAGUACUCUCUCGGCAGGCCUUUUCCGAGUGAGAGAUUAUGUGGCAAUGGCGAUUGCUUGCUGCGCUGCUGCUGCGUAUACAAGACUACGGGCAUACAUCUUCCUUGGUACAUUCUCAUCGAUAGGGAUGAGAGUGAGGAUGGUGUUCUAGUGAAGGAUAUCUUGACUGAAUUUGCCUACCUUGUAACGACUGAGGUAUGGCCAUCCAUAGAAAAGCAGAGCGAUGUGUUACUCAAGGCCAGGUCGAUGGAAGCCUUUGUCAGUUCGCCACCAGUCAGGGCGGCAUAUCUCGACUUUCAAACAGUCUGCCAGAAGAACGACUUUGACUUUUCAAUCGAGUCACGUCUUAGAGAGGCCCUCUCCAGCACAAUGCCUCAGUUCCGCGAUCUCGUCACUGCUCUAGAUGCGGCCGAGCAAGACAGUCAGCGCACCGAGAUGCUGAUUCAUCGCCACUUACAACCUCAGCAGCAACCUGGGCAAACACCAUCAGGGAGGCCACAAUGGACACAAGAGAGCUGCAUCAUGCGCUUCCUGCUAACGACCGAACUCUGGCGUCGACAUGGCGAGAAGCACAUGCGGCAGCGCAACUGGGCGUGGGAAGAGCCGUGGAUGGUGGCCGAGCUGCUUUCGGCGGUGCUGCUGAAUUACUGGCUGAUGGACGGGGAAAAGUGCUUUGCGAGGGAGCCGAUGAGGAGCAGCGAGCAGUACGACGAGGCGUGGCAGGACUGGCUGGACAAGUAUCCGUUGCUGGAGGAGAGUGGCGAUGAGAGGGAGAGGAGAGUGACGAGUCCGGAUCUGGUGCCGAAGCCGUUUGGGAUGAUCAGGGGAUUGGACUUUGAGAGGGAGAUUGGAUAUGUUGGCGGCGUGGGGACGGCGGCGAGAGGCCCGUUGUGGAGGGACUCGAGCCAGAGGCACGAGGGAGACGAUGAGGAAGAAGGUGAUGGCGGUUUGCCACAGCAUUGAGAUUAGAGAGGAUGUUGGAUUAUUCAUUUGUUCUCUUUCCUCUUCCUGGAUAGUAGCAGCAGCAUCAUCUUAGCCCGAGUCUGUCAAUCUGGAUCUUGCAGGGGAAUCUACACCACAGCGGGUCCCUGAGAUUAGAUUCUCGUUCCUUGCUUCUAUUUUCCUCUUGGUCCCUGCUUCUGGUUCCUGGCAUUCUAGCUGUGUUGGGCUAUGCAAGGGGGAACUUUUGGGGCUGCCCGAAGCCCGUGCUGUUUGCGGGCAUGGAAUACCGGAGAGCGGACAAUUCCGGAGAGGCGGCAAUUGGCGGCAUUCAGAGGGUCAGUUUUGUUUUCGUGGCACGAUUCAAGAUUGCAACAAAAGAAGAGCAAAUUAAGAUCAAACACAAAGGCAAAAAGCUGAAAAAUUUCCAUUCAAAAAAAAAAAAAAAAAUCAUCUUGUUCGGAUUCCGAAAUUCCGAUGUUGCAUUGCUGUCAGGCGAGCACGGCGUGAUUGCUGCAGCGGCCAGGGGGGAAUCAGGCGAUGCUGGCCGGAUGGGAUGGCUGCUCAUGGACAUCUGGGCGCAUCUCUCUUGCUGCAGCGGGAAUUGAAAGAAGGGAGAGGAAAACACGCAAGUGCCGGGAUUGAGACUGUAUGAGUAGUAUGAUUUCUGUUAAAAUAAAAUAUUACUGUAGUAGUAGGCGCAUGCCAGUGAAUGUUUGACAACACAUGCAUGAUGCACAUGCAAGCCGUACUACAUGUAUGCAGCCCAGAAACACCACAACUACCCAGACUCACAAAUGCAACAAGACUGUGUAUUACAUCUCUAUUAUACCAUCCCACGCAGCGCAAUUCCAUGGAAUGAAACAAUCAAGACUUUUCCUCACGUGCUUCUCCUUUUCCCCUGCCGCCCGGUCAGCCGAGCCAUGCCAUGCCUAACCUCGGAUCACGCACCCAAGACUCCAACACAAUAUCAAGGCAAAAGCACCAAAACCCACUA